UUUGGGGGGCGACAGGGAGUCAAGAUUUAGGGAGUCAGUUGGGCAAGAAAGUUGCGGUAUAUUAUGAAAAUGGUGUUACUAAAUGGAUGAACUAAGUGUGAAAUAGUGUAACACGAAGAUUACCUUUCGACGCGCCGAUGAUGGGACUGAAUCGCUGGUCACCGUUGAAGACCUCGGGCUGGAUUCUGGCUGUCCUUUGUCGCUCGCUAGAAAGUAGGCUAAGAACCGUUACCUCUAGUCGUUCAACUUAGCCCUCGAUUCUGCCGCUCGACGGUCUCCGGGCCUCUCCUGAUACACUACACUGAUUCUAGCUAGUUUAAAUGUUUGGCAGUAGCACUUUUACUGAACGGCGCGAAAGUUAGUAACGAAAGCGAUAGCGAGAGAUGUGCACUGGUAGUCGUUCGGUGACAGACUGACUGUCAGUUUUCAACUGACAGCGAUUCAAAAAUGUUAGUGUUGCCACGACAAAUGCAAAAUAAUCCUAUAAAAUGAAAAAUGCAAGGUCAAAGCUGAACAUUCCGCCCACCAAAAUGCAUUGUAUUUUUACCAAGCCGAAAUAAACGACAAAAACUUAAAACUAAACAAAAAUGGACGACACAAGUCUAGUGACCUACAAAGAUCACAGCGGUAUUGGGCACAACUUGACCACAGGCCGCUUGUACAGUCCUGUGGCAGUGCGCACAGUGACCACACGACAGAUCCCGUCAGAUCCGGGGUGUGUGUCAAUGAUGCGGCCCAAGGGCCACUUCAUUGGACUCGUUUGCUCGUUUACAACGAGCACGAGCGUGCCGACUUGGACGUUAGGAUGUUUGUCGUGCCACUUCAUCCUCUGCUGGAGAGUAUGCAUAUACUCCUUCGACCACUUGCUCCAGAAGUCCUGGUGCAUCUUCUGUAGCAACUUCCAGCGUUGGAGAGGGCCGACACGAACGUCUGACAGGUCUUCCUCGGGCACUAUCGACAAGGGUUCCGUGGUGAGGAAGUGACCUGGAGUCAGAGCUGAUAGGUCGUUUGGAUCAGAGCUGAGAGGAGUGAGUGGCCUUGAGUUGAGCAGAGCUUCAACUUGGCUCAAGACCGUCGAGAAUUCCUCAUA